GUGAAUUGAUAAAUUUAAGAUUGUGUGAUGAUUAGUGUGUUAAGGGUUUGUUUGUUUUGACAGAAAAAACUCUGUAGAAAGAAAAUUUUAUUCAUGUUCAAUUUGGUUUUGUCACUGUAUUUGGGUCAUGGAAAAAUUAACGUGUUAAAAGUAAGAUACAUUUCUCCUUCAAAAAAAAGGUGUAGAAAAGUGCUAAUCUCUUGAAAAUAAUUUAAAAUGCUUAGAUACAAAAUGAGUUCUUGUUGCUGACAUUAAAGAAGAGUUGGAGGGAAAACAUGAUUACAUACACAAAGAUAAGAAUUGAGGUUUAGUUUUGAAGCAGGCCUUCUUAAGUAAGAAGGAACGUCUUCAAGGCAAGGCGAUUUCGUGUACCCACCCCUCGUAAACCCCAGAUGCACGACAUUAAUGACAUUCAUAGGUUUUUAGAGUUCUAAUCACUCUAGUAAAGGAUUUAAUAUUGACCUAUAUAAAGGCAUUAUUGUAGUCAAUAAAAUUGAGAGUGAGAUUAAUUUAAAAAAAUUCGUGCUGCAUAUUUUAAGUUUAAGUUUUGAGGGUGUGAUUGUUUAGGAAAACCUUGGUGUGAUGGCCUAGUGUUCUAUCUAUCUAAUUUCAUGUUCUAUCCACCAUUUUAACACCCAACAACCAUUAGCAUAUUCAACAUUCAAUCUUUAUUUUACUUACCCCUUAAACAUUAAUUCAUAUAUCAGCUCUUCAAGAUUUCAUCAAGAUAUCUUAACUUAGUGCUGAAUUCUUGAGAACAGCCACUUCAAGCAAAAAUGCUGAAUGAUAGGACUGUAUCCAAGCCGUCUAUUUUAGGACCCCUUAUAAGUGGAAUUAGCAACCUUUUUAAGCAAAAUGAAAUACAUUUAAGGAGUUUUAUGACUUGAAUUCAUCACACUAGUCUUUUACCGCUGUUGGACAUGUGUUGAGGAUCCAGGCUUAAUUUUUUUUUCAAAUUUCUUAGUCUUGCUAGCAAAUGAGGUCUUAACACGUUAUAUUUACAGUUUUCUGAAAAUAUUUCUUGGUAGAAAGAAUUUUAUAUUUUUAACUUGUAAAAAUAUAUUACUUUUUGGGCAAUGAUAUUAAUCUUUACUUCAGGAAAUAUUGUGUUAAAAAAUAUGGAGACAAGUGCUGCAUUGAGGCUUCAUGUAAUUGCUGAAAAUAUUUUAAGUUUUUAUGGGAAAAACUUUUCCCCAGCCUCCAUCUGUUUUAAGGAGAAUUUCAGCAUAUGGAGAUUUUUUUUUCCUGUCUAUUUUAGGAAAAUUUUAGUAAACUUAUUUUUAUAAUAAUUAAAAAUUUUUUAAUAAUGGAAACAAAAAGAAGUUUAUUGAAUAAGAAGAAAAUUGUGGUUAGGAGACAUUUUGUCUUGAUGAGAAUUGAGGACAAUUGAUGAAUUUGCUUUUAGUCUUACAAUAUUCAAUCUUGUAAGUGGAAACCUUACAUCCUUACCAUUUGUUUGCUUGUUGCAUUAGUUCAUGGAAAAGUAGAGAAUCUUUGAAAGUGUUAGAAAGCUUUAAAAUAGAUGUCAUUUUUAAGUGCUAUUUCUUUCCUUUACCUUGUUCUUUUUUGGAAUAGUACUGUUUAGAGGAAAAUUCAAGAAAAAAAAGUCUGGAGAAAAUUGCCAUUUGAAAAGAGAGAUUGUUUUAGAGAAAUUUUGUUAAAUGUCUUGUGUAGGAGCAAGGCAAAUGGUUAAGAUAUUCAAUGAAGGUCGUACUUUUUUUAUUUUAGAAUAGUGCCUUUUCUUUCCACCACUUGUUUUCUUUGCUCUCUCUGCUGUUGUACAUCUUGGAAACACAAGGCAAAUGGUUAAGUUUUUCAAUGAAGGUCCUUUAAUUUAUUUAUCAGAUUGACCUCUCUGAAAACAACAGUUAACCUAAUCAAGCUCAGAUUAGCCUUGAAGUGCCCUGGGACCACAGCUUAUGAAGGGAAGGUCGUUGGUUCCCCAUCCCCCUUUCCUCACGGCCAAAGACGCUCCCAAAAAAAAAUAAAAAAUAAAAAAAUAAAACAUAAAAAAUAAAAGAAGAAAGUCAAGCCAAUAUGAGCUCCUGCUGAUUUACAUAUGGUAAACCCAAGCUUGAAUCAAGUUUUAACCCUGAAUGACUUCCUCUUUUUAGAGUGUUGUGUUUUGUCAGUGGUACUGAUGGAGGUAGCAGUGGCAGACCCCUAUGUGACCAAUCCUGGACCAAUUGAUAGUUCGGUACUCUAUGAUCAAGAGAAGCAUGUUUCAUCAGCAGUUUGGGAUGGGCAGGAGCGUGGUGCGCUUCGAUGUCAUGAACACACUUCAAAGCUUGAUCAGUGGGCACUUACAGAAAAACAGAUGGAGUUGGUAGAGAAGGCUGGUUUUCACUACUUGAGAUUGAUUCCGGCAAUUAGUCUAGACAACCCACUUAUCUCUGCACUAGUUGAGAGGUGGAGGAGAGAAACCAACACAUUUCACUUGAAUGUUGGAGAAAUGACAGUAACCCUUAAAGAUGUAGCACUCUUGCUUGGCCUGGCGAUUGAUGGAGAACCUGUAAUAGGUAUAACAUAUACUACGUGCAGUUCAGUUUGUGAAAAGUAUCUUGGGAGAGCACCAGAGUCUGGUUACACAAGUGGUGGAAUGGUGAAGCUAAGUUGGUUGAAGGAGUUCUUUUUCCGAUGUCCUGAAGAUGCACCAAUUGAAGUGAUUGAGCAGCAUACGCGUGCUUACCUUCUCUAUCUUGUAGGCAGCACAAUAUUUUCCACAACUACUGGGAAUAAAGUCCCUGUCAUGUAUCUUCCAUUGUUUGACGAUUUUGAACAAUGUGGAAAGUAUGCAUGGGGGGCAGCAGCAUUGGGAUUCUUGUAUAGGGCCCUUGGAAAUGCCUCUCUUAGAUCUCAAAGCACUAUCAGUGGCUGUUUGACACUACUACAGUGUUGGAGUUACUUUCACCUGAAUGUUGGGCGACCAAAGCUCAAUCAUGAUCCAAUGCAUGAUCGCUUUCCAUUUGUGCUAAAGUGGAAGGGUAAACAAAGUGGCCCAACAGCAAACCGUGAUGUAGUUUUUUACCGUAAGGCUUUGGAUUCCUUGAAACCUAGUGAUGUGGAGUGGCUUCCUUACAGAAAUAUGGACAGUAUGGUAAUUCCUGAAGAUAUUAAAAGUACUCUAAUUCUUGGAAGGUCCAAGACAAUGUUGAUAUGCUUUGACAAGGCAGAAAGACAUCUCCCAAACCGCUGCCUAAGGCAAUAUGGCAUGCUUCAAUCGAUUCCCGAGGAUGUGCAGCGAUGGGAGAGAAAGAGUCGUGGUGUUGAUGGUGGGGUUGACUUGUCGGGGAAAAUGGAAUCAGAGCUUAACGAAUGGUUGGAUCGACGACUCCAUAUUGUGGAAGGUGAUGAUGGUGCAGAUGAGAAUGAGUACAUGCUGUGGUUUCUCAGAAUCACUCGUAAAUUUGUAGGGAGGCCUAUUUCUCUCUCAUCCGAGUUUCAAAGAACAAAUGCUGGUUUGAGGGAUAUUGCACACAUAGCAGAUACGUUCUCAACAAAAGGGUUGGAUCACCAACAAAUUGAUUCAAUUUCAAGGAUCAGGUUUAUUGCACAUGAGUGCCUGAGGGACCAAGUUGGAGGUCCAGUCAUAGUGUCAGAAAGCCCACAAACUGAACUUGGGAAAAGGGUAAGAGGAAAGGAGAGGGUAAGAAGGAAGGGUAGUGGAAAGCGUUUCCGGAAGGAUGAUCAAGUGCAGUAUAAUGAAGCUAGCGAUGAUGAUCAAUCUCAGAUUUGUGGUGCUGCAAUUGGGGUUGAUCAACUACAACUACACCAUGCUGAUAGAGAUGUAGAGCAUUCCCAGAUAUGUUCUGUAGAUACUGUAGUCAAUCAUUUGCAGCUAAUUCAUGCGGCAGAUGAGGGUGAGAAUGUACAACUUUGCAAUGCAAAUGUUGAGGCUGAACUCUCUGAGCCAAGUCAUGCAGCUGGCAAGCAAGAAAAUGCAGAGGUAAGCCAUGUGACUGGCAAGGAAGAAAAUGUAAAGCUAAGCCAUGCUGCUGGCAAGGAAGAAAAUGCAGAGGUAAGCAAUUCAGUUGGCAAGGAAAAAAACGCAGAGGUAAGCCAUUCAGUUAACAAGGAAGAAAAAGAAGAGUUAAGCCCAACUGAUAUGGUUGAUGAUAAACAGCUACCUCAAGAACCUAAGGAAGUUGAUGACUUGCAGCUUUCUGAUGAAACGAAGGGGGUAAAUGACUCUCAGAUAUCUGAUUCAACAAAAGAGGUUCUUGACUCUCCACUUUGUGAUGCAGCUACGGAGGUUACUGUGUCACAGCUUUCUGUUGCAACUAAUGAGGUUAAUGACUCCAAGCUUUCACAUGAUACUCGUGAGAGUGAUCCACAUACUACUAAAGAAGCAUAUGAUGUUGUUCCACCAUCAUCUCUUGAAACUCGUGAGGAUAUUGCUCAAAAGGGUGAUUGUAGUGUAGUAGUAUAAAAUAAAGAAAUAACCAUGUGAUUUUGUAGAUCUAUUUCAGUCUUGAUUACUGAAGAUGUCUAUUACAUAAAGCAAUUAUUAUAGAUGUUCUCUCUUUCUC